AUGGCUAAUCCCGGAGUCGGGACCAAGUUUGUAUCCGUGAAUCUGAACAAAUCGUAUGGGCAGCCUUCUCACCAUCCACCGCAUCCUAGCUCUUACGGGUCGAACAGGGGCCGGCCCGGUAGUCAUGGCAGUGGAGGAAUGGUGGUCCUUUCAAGGCCUCGCAGUGCUAACAAGGCUGGGUCGAAGCUAUCUGUUCCACCCCCCUUGAAUCUGCCUUCACUGCGCAAAGAGCAUGAGCGCUUUGAUUCGUUGGGUUCAGGUGGUGGAGCUGCCGGUGGAGGAGCGUCAGGUAGUGGGUCAAGGCCUUCUUCAUCCGGUGUGGGGUGGACGAAGCCCACCGCGGUUGCUUUGCAAGAGAAAGAAGGGGCUGGUGAUCAUGUAGGAGCUGAUGGAGUUGACCAGACUUUGCAUGGUGUUGAUGGGGUGAGUAGGGGGAACGGUUCGGGGACCAGUGUUUAUAUGCCACCUUCAGCCCGGUCUGGCUCAGUGGGACCUCUCCCUACUGCUUCUGCUCUAUCUCAUCAACCGACAGAGAAAGCACUGCUCUUGAGGGGUGAGGAUUUUCCUUCAUUGCAGGCUGCUUUGCCUUCUUCAUCAGGGCCUUCACAAAAGCAAAAGGAUGGUUUGAAUCAGAAACAGAGGCAAGUUGUCCGUGAUGAAUUGUUGAAUGAGCAGAGGGAUAGUUCUCAUUCAACUUUGCUUGUUGACAUGCGCCCUCAAGUGCAGCCGUCUCGUCGUGGUAUAGGCAAUGGACUGAAUGAGAGUGGCAGUGAAAGUAAGGGUUUGGGUGGUAAUCGAGCAUCAGAGCAAGUAAGGAAGCAGGACGAGUAUUUUCCAGGUCCAUUACCACUAGUUCGGUUGAACCCAAGAUCAGAUUGGGCGGAUGAUGAGCGUGAUACAAGUCAUGGUUUCACAGACCGGGGCAGAGAUCAUGGGUUCUCAAAGACUGAAGCUUAUUGGGAUAGAGAUUUUGAUAUGCCCAGAAUAAGUGUUCUACCACACAAGCCAGUUCAUAAUCCUUCUGAUAGGCGGGGUCUGCAUGACAAUGAAGCUGGAAAGAAUUCUUCCAGUGAAGUCCCUAAGGUGGACCCAUACAGCAGAGAUGCAAGAACACCUAGCAGAGAAGGAAGGGAAGGGAACUCGUGGAGAAAUACCAAUCUUCCAAAAGAUGGAAUUAGUGGUCAAGUUGGAAAUGAAAGAAAUGGUUUUGGUGCAAGGCCAUCGAGUGUAAACAGAGAAACAAGUAAGGAGAACAAGUAUAGUCUGACAACCGUUCAAGAAAAUGUUCAAGAUGAUUUUGUAAGGAGGGAUGUAGGGUAUAGACAUGGAGGGAGACAGCCCUGGAACAAUUAUACGGAUUCAUAUGCAAGCAGAGGGGCUGAAUGGAAUAAACGAGACCGAUAUGGCAGUGAACAACACAAUAGAUACAGAGGUGAUGCUUUACAGAAUAGUUCAGUGUCCAAACCCUCGUACUCGCUAGGUGGUAAAGGACUUCCUGUCAAUGAUCCCCUGCUCAAUUUUGGUAGGGAGAAGCGCUCAUUCUCAAAUAGUGAAAAACCUUAUGUAGAGGAUCCUUUCAUGAAAGACUUUGGAGGUACUGGUUUUGACAGCCGGGAUCCCUUCUCUGGAGGUCUUCUUGGAGUGGUUAAGAAGAAGAAAGAUGUGAUUAAACAAACUGAUUUCCAUGAUCCUGUUAGGGAAUCUUUUGAGGCCGAACUUGAGAGAGUUCAGAAAAUGCAAGAACAGGAGCGACAGCGGAUCGUUGAGGAACAAGAAAGAGCUUUAGAGCUAGCUCGAAGAGAAGAAGAGGAGAGAAUGCGGCUGGCUAGGGAACAAGUAGAGAGGCAGAGAAGGUUGGAAGAAGAAGCUAGGGAAGCAGCGUGGAGAGCUGAACAAGAACAACUAGAAGCCAUGCGAAGAGCUGAAGAGCAGAGAGUAGCCAGGGAAGAGGAGAGACGGAGGUUGUUUAUGGAGGAAGAAAGGAGGAAGCAUGCUGCUAAGCAGAAGCUUUUGGAAUUGGAGGAAAGGAUUGCCAAGAGGAAGGCGGAAACUGGAAAGGCUGGUGGUAAUUUUUUGGCUGAUGCAGAUGAGAAAAUGUCAAGGAUGGAGAAAGAAAAAGAUGUGUCCAGGGCAGCUGACAUGGGUGACUGGGAGGAUGGUGAAAGAAUGGUGGAGAGGAUCACAGCCUCAGCAUCUUCUGAUUCAAGUUUGAACAGGUCCUUUGAGAUGGGUUCUAGGUCUCAUUAUUCUAGAGAUACUUCUGCUUUUGUGGAUAGAGGAAAACCUGUUAAUUCAUGGAGAAGAGAUGUAUAUGAGAAUGGGAACAGCUCAACCUUACUUAUACAAGACCAGGACAAUGGCCAUCAUAGUCCCAGACGAGAUUUAUCUGUUGGUGGGAGAGGUCAUUUAAGGAAAGAGUUCUAUGGAGGCGGUGGAUUCAUGUCUUCUAGGACUUACCAUAAAGGAGGGAUUACUGAACCUCACAUGGAUGAUAUCACUCAUUUAAGGGGGCAGAGGUGGAACCUUUCUGGGGAUGGGGAUCAUUAUAGCAGAAAUAUGGAGAUUGAGUCUGAAUUCCAGGAUAACCUUGUUGAAAAGUUUAAUGAUGUUGGAUGGGGGCAGGGCCGUGUCCAUGGCAAUCCGUAUUCUCCUUACCCUGACCAACUGUAUCCAAAUUCUGAUGCAGAUGGGUCUUAUUCUUUCGGUAGGUCACGGUAUUCCAUGAGACAGCCUCGUGUUCUUCCACCGCCAUCACUAGCUUCCAUGCACAAAACCUCCUACAGGGGGGAAAUUGAUCAUCCUGGCCCCUCAGCUUUUCCUGAAAAUGAGAUGGAGUACAAUCAUGCAGCUAGAAGUGAACCUACCCUGCAGACAGGGUUUGAUACUAAUCGCGCGGAGAAUAUCAGACAACCUGAAAUAAUUGAUGUCAAAGAAGAAAACACUGGUAAUGAGAAAAAGAAACUGGACGGUAACACCACCCCCAGGUGUGACUCACAAUCUUCUCUUUCUGUGUCUAGUCCCCCUAGUUCUCCAACUCAUCUUUCUCAUGAUGACUUGGAUGAAUCCAGAGAUUCUUCAGUGUUAUCUGCCCCUGGGGAUAGCAAAGAUGUUCCCCUGUCUGGGCAGGAGAACGAACCACUUGCAUUACCUACCAAUUCUGGAAAAGAGAAUGUGGUGAAUGCUUCUAGUUCUGUCUCAACCGGUGAUGAUGAAGAAUGGGCUGUUGAGAGCAAUGAGCAUCUUCAGGAGCAAGAAGAAUAUGAUGAAGAUGAAGAUGGAUACGAUGAGGAAGAUGAAGUGCAUGAAGGAGAUGAUGAGAAUAUUGACCUAACCCAUGAGUUUGAAGACAUGCAUUUAGAGGAAAAGGGGUCCCCUGACAUGAUGGACAACUUGGUCCUGGGCUUCAAUGAAGGUGUUGAAGUUGGAAUGCCAAAUGAUGAGUUUGAGAGAAGUUCAAGGAAUGAAGAAGGUGCAUUCAUGGUACCUCAGGUUUUGUCUGGCACUGUUGAAGAGCACGGGUCAUUUGAUGGAAUUCGUACUGAUGAACAGACCCUUCAACAUAUGGAUGGUUCCUCACUAGUGAAUGUAGGUAGUUCUUCUAGAAUAUUCCAGGAAACUGAGAAGGCAAUGCAGAAUUUAGUUAUUCAGCCUAAUAAUGCCUCCCAUAUGUCUGCUACAACUGACCGUGUGGAUCAUGUGGAUGCUGCUAGUAGUUCUCGGCCAUCUUCUCAGCAUCCAGUUGCAUCUUCAGUUAGCCAUAACUCCCAUUUGUUGUCUGGUCAGGCUGUCAUGCCUACAGUAUCUGCUGUUCCAAAUCAGACAGAAGGACCUGUUAAGCUUCAGUUUGGGCUGUUUUCAGGUCCAUCUCUGAUACCAUCUCCGGUCCCAGCUAUACAAAUUGGUUCUAUACAGAUGCCUCUUCCUCUGCAUCCUCAGGUUGGUCCUUCUCUCGCCCACUUGCACCCGUCACAGCCUCCUCUCUUCCAGUUUGGCCAGCUAAGGUAUACAUCUCCAAUAUCCCAGGGACUACUGCCAAUGGCUCCUCAAUCAAUGUCUUUUGUUCAGCCCAAUCUCCCAUCCAGUUUUUCUUUGAACCAGACUCCAGGAGGUCCUCUGCCUAUUCAGACUGGUCAAGGAACUUCUCAAAAUAUAAAAAAUGAUGUUAUGUUACUUUCGGUGGAUAAUCAACCAGGACUUACUUCAAGGCACUUGGAUGUAUCUCAAGAGAAUGUACCAGAGAAGAUAAAUUCAAUGCCAGCAGGAGAAAAGGCUGAAACUUCUGUUAUGGUGCAACGGGGACCAGCGGUAUCCCGUAUUGGUGAUAGCAAUUCAAGGUCUGAGACAGUGUUUCAAGCAGAUCAGAGACACCAUAAUUCGGUUGGGAAAAACUUCAGUGCUUUCUUUGGUACAAGGGAAUCUGAAGGUCAGGCUCAAACUGGAGCGGCGCCAUCUCAGUCGGUUAUCAAAGAAAAAGACUUUAGUGGGCCAAAGGCUCAUGGCCCAGCAUCUGGUGGCAGGGGAAAAAAAUUUGUAUUUACGGUUAAAAAUUCUGGCGCAAGAUCAUUUCCAGAUACUGAGCCAACCCACGUAGAAUCUAGUGGGUUUCAGAGAAGGCAUCGACGCAAUAUGCAGCGUACUGAGUUUCGAGUUCGAGCAAGUGCUGAUAAGAGGCAAUCUACAGGUUCUGUAUCUUCCAACCAUGUCGGACUGGAAGAGAAAUUUGUCUCUGGAAGGGGUUUUGGGCCUUCUGUAAGAGGUGGGCCUAGGAGGGUUGUCAUGUCAAAUAAACCUUCAAAACAGAUGUUAGAUUCAGAGGGCUUGAGCCCUGGUCGAAAUAAUUCACAAGAAAUAGAGUCUGGAAACAGGGCUGACAAGGGAGCUGGAAAAGAUGCCUCGACAAAGAGUCAGAAUAUCCCGAAAUCUGGAGAGGGAAACCUUAAAAGAAAUAUUCAUUCUGAAGAGGAUGUUUAUGCUCCUCUGCAAAGUGGUAUUGUGCGUGUUUUUGAGCAACCUGGCAUAGAGGCUCCUAGUGAUGAAGAUGAUUUCAUUGAAGUGAGGUCAAAGAGGCAAAUGCUGAAUGAUCGGCGUGAACAGAGAGAAAGAGAAAUCAAGGCGAAGUCUCGCGCCUCAAAGGUGCCACGGAAACCUCGUUCUACUUCAAAAGGUAGUACUGCCUCUGCCAACUCAGGUAAAAGUUCUGCAGCAACAAAUGGAGAAGCAGGAAACAGCAUUCACUCUGAUUUUGUUGCCUCUGAAGGACGUGGAUUGGCAAAUAUUGAAGUAUCAGCUGGAUUUAACACUAAUGUAGUGUCUCAACCGUUGGCUCCAAUUGGCACUCCUGCUGUGAAAAGUGAUGUCCAGGCUGAUAUUAGAUCUCAAACAAUCAGGUCACUCAACACAAGCUCCCUUCCUGUAGUAUCAGGUAGUGUAAAAAAUAUUGGGCGAGGCUCGAUUAUCGAGAACAACAAUAAGGUCCUGGAUAAUGUUCAAGCAUCUUUGAGCUCAUGGGGUAAUCAACAGGUUAUGGCCUUGACGCAGACCCAACUUGAUGAGGCUAUGAAGCCUGGGCAAUUUGGUUCUCAUGGUUCUGUUGGAGAAAUUAAUAGCUCAGUUUGUGAGUCCAGCAUGCCAUCGUCAUCCAUCAUGACAAAGGAGAAGCCAUUCUCUUCUGCUGCAAAUCCAAUCAAUUCCCUUCUUGCUGGCGAGAAAAUCCAAUUGGUGGUGAGCAUAGUUAAGAAAUCAAAUUGCAAUAGACUUGCUAAUGUUUGA